GUUGGAUAGAGAUGGCGGCUAUCGUGGCCUACAGCCGGCUGGCAGCUGCCGCACUGGCCUCACUAGGCUCCCGGCAAGGGAUGGCGCCCUGGUUGGGCCUACUGGGCUUGCGCCUCGCUUCCCUGCUAGUGGCAGGCCGUGCAUGGACUGACUUCCAGUCUCACUUCCUCUGCAAUGUCACGCUGGACCCUUUCUGCAACUCUGCCUGCUUUGAGGCCCGCUUUCCCUUCCCUAUGGCCUCUGCUUGGGACCUGGGCUUCCUGCUGGUUGUCCUCCCUGUUGGCUGUCUCUAUCUGCUAUCUCCACCGAUUGAGGGAAGUUCUCUUGGCCAUGGAGGUUCUCCGCCUCCUGCAGCAUUGGCCUGCUGUAGCCUCAUGCUAGCCCUAGUGGAGGCCGGUCUGCUGGGCCUGCUGGCUGGUGUGCAGUUGCCCCAGACCUGGCCUCUGGAUUGCCAGCUGCCUGCCAUCUGUGAGUGGUUAAACACUUCUGAUGCUACUGUCCACUGCUGGCUGGAGGGCUGGGCUGAGAAGGUGGGAGCCAUGGCUGCCCUGGGCUUCACCUCUGCCUUGAACUUGCUGGCCGGUCUGCUCUGUGCUGGAGCUGUGCUGCUGGGCCAGGCUGGGAGGCAGGCCUGAGGGAGGGGAGCUGGGGAUGUUCUUCUGCUCCUUCUCCCUCUCACAACCCCUCUUUCCCACCCUCUCUCUGUCCCUCCCUCACCCUCAAUCUCUCCCUCUCCUCCUCUCACCCUUGCUCCAACUUUCUUCUCUCUGUACCUCUCUCUCUCACUCUAUCCAUCUUGCUCUCCCCCUUUCUUCCCUGCCUUCCUUCUCCUUAUCUGCCUUUCCCUACCCAUGCCUCUCCCUCUCCCCUUGCCCUCCCUUUCCUUUCCUCAAUCCACCCUCCCAAUUCCUCUCCCACACUUUCCCUCUCCUUCUGUCCUCCCUCCAUCCCAAUCUCUUUCCCUCUUUUCCUCUCUCUCCAUUUUACUACCCCUUCCUCCCUCUCACUCUCCUAUUCUUUGCCUCUUGCUCCCUCCCUAAUCCUGCCCCUUUCCCUCCCUACUUUCCUCUUUGUUUCCCUCCUUCCUUUUAUCCCUCCCAGUCCUAUCUUUUCCUCCAUUCCCCUAUUUUCUUUACAUCUUUUCCUCUUACCCCCUCCCUCUCUGAGUUCUCCCUCUCAUUUACUCCUACUCCCCUCCUCUCCCCCUCAAUUUCCUUUCUCCUGUCCCACUCCUCUGCCAUCCCUAACUCACCACUUUCCUUCUCCCACCUCCUCCCAGCCCCACACACCCCCUCCCCUUCCAUCGUCUUCACCAAAUUCCCCUCUGCAAGCAGCUCACAGGUCCUGCACGAACGAAUUUGGGAUCGACGUGACUCUGUCCUUGAGGAAGUUAUCAAUCAGUGGACUCCAUGGGGCGACCUUUCUGGGGAGAAUGGGUGAAUACGAGUCGGUGGCACGACUUUGGAUAUUGCAUCAUGAGCAAGGCGGACAACCAAUUAGCAUUGGAUAUGGUGUCAUGGACAAAGUUGACAACGAAUCAGUAGCAUCGAUUGGAUAUUGAUACAAAGCACCAAUCAAUAGCCUGAAUUGCAUAUAACAUUAUUGCUAAGGCAACAAUCAAUCAAUACGUAUAUUUGAUACGACAUCACAAGCAUAGAGUUUGUGUUCUCUGUCUGUUUUAUACCACGUUGCUCCUUGUGGAGUAUUUCUUUUGUCACUGGGUGGAAACUCAAAGCAGGGUGACUCUCAAGUAGAGUCUCCAUUUGAAUGUGGCUACAGGUAUCUUUAGUGUCUCUUGACAUGUCCUUCCGGAUGUGGGAAAUGAGGUUGUGAAUUUUUGACAGAAGUUGCUCUGCCAGUGUCAGCAGGGAUAUUGUCUGCUGAAAGAGAAAUUCCAUAAAGGCUAACUUGCAGGUUGUGUCAGUGGUGUGGAAGGCAACUGCAAUAAUAACAUAAUUUGAGAAGGCUAGAAUGUAAAGUCAAGGAUAUAUAGUACAGUAACACAGAGGUGUUAUUAGGCAUUGGUUAGACUUUACUUGGAGCAUAGUGAGCAGUUUUGAGCCCUUUAUCAAAGAAAGGAUGUGCUGCCAUUGGAGAGAGUCCAGAGAAGGUUCAUGAGAAAGAUCCCGGGAAUAGAAAACAGAAAACAUAGAAAAUAGGUGCAGGAGUAGGCCAUUCGGCCCUUCGAGCCUGCACCGCCAUUUAUUAUGAUCAUGGCUGAUCAUCCAACUCAGAACCCCGCCCCAGCCUUCCCUCCAUACCCCCUGACCCCCGUAGCCACAAGGGCCAUACCUAACUCCCUCUUAAAUAUAGCCAAUGAACUGGGCUCAACAGUUUCCUGUGGCAGAGAAUUCCACAGAUUCACCACUCUCUGUGUGAAGAAGUUUUUCCUAAUCUCGGUCCUAAAAGGCUUCCCCUUUAUCCUCAAACCGUGGCCCCUCGUUCUGGACUUCCCCAACAUCGGGAACAAUCUUCCUGCAUCUAGCCUGUCCAAUCCCUUUAGGAUCUUAUACGUUUCAAUCAGAUCCCCCCUCAAUCUCCUAAAUUCCAACGAGUACAAGCCCAGUUCAUCCAGUCUUUCUUCAUACGAAAGUCCGGCCAUCCCAGGAAUCAAUUUGGUGAACCUUCUUUGUACUCCCUCUAUGGCAAGGAUGUCUUUCCUCAGAUUAGGGGACCAAAACUGCACACAAUACUCCAGGUGUGGUCUCACCAAGGCCUUGUACAACUGCAGUAGUACCUUCCUGCUCCUGUACUCGAAUCCUCUUGCUAUAAAUGCCAGCAUACCGUUCGCCUUUUUCACCGCUUGCUGUACCUGCAUGCCCACUUUUAAUGACUGGUGUAUAAUGACACCCAGGUCUCGUUGCACCUCCCCUUUUCCUAAUCCGCCACCAUUCAGAUAAUAAUCUGUUUUCCU